CAUCGCCAGUGUUUGAUGUAGGCUUUACACCUACAAGGAUGUGGUCGUUUUUUGCACGGGAUCCCGUGAAGGAUUUUAAUUAUGAAAUCAUACCGGAGACGCAAGAGACCUCGGGAAUAUGGACUAUACACCGAGGCAAACGAAAGACUACUGGGGAGCCAGUGUCGGUGUUUGUGUACGAGGUGUCUCAAGGAACAGACGCACAGACCCAGCUGGCCAAGGCAGCGAUAAAGCGCAUGAAGACCCUGAGACAUCCCAACAUCCUCGCCUAUGUGGACGGACUGGAGACAGAGAAAAGCUUGUACCUGGUGACUGAGCCGGUGACUCUUCUGUCGGAGCAUGUCAAGGCCCAGCCUGAGAGAGGAGGCUCAGGAGAGCUGGAGAUCUCUUGGGGUCUUCACCAGAUUGUGAAAGCCUUGAGUUUUGUUGUGAACGACUGCCACCUGCUUCACAACAACGUGGGCAUAUGGACCGUGUUUGUGGACCGAGCCGGCGAGUGGAAACUGGGAGGCCUGGAUUACAUGACGUCUCAGCAGGGGGACACCUCCGGCCUGCUGCCCCCCAGGACCGUGCACCCCGACCUGGAGAAGUACGACCCACCGGAGAACCCCAACAGCGGGGGCGAGACAUGGGCGGGAGAUGUGUGGCGACUGGGUUGCCUCAUCUGGGAGGUAUUCAACGGCCCGCUGGCCCGGGCAUCAUCCCUACGAUCCCUCGGAAAGAUUCCAAAGGCGCUGGUCCCCCACUACUGCGAGCUGGUCGGAGCGAACCCCAAGUCGCGGCCCAACCCGGCCAGCUUCCUCCAGAAAUGCAAAGGCCCCGGCGGGUUCCUGAGCAACAGCUUUGUGGAGAGCAACCUCUUCUUGGAGGAAAUCCAGAUUAAAGAACCAGCGGAGAAGCAGCAGUUCUUCCAGGACCUGAGUGAGAAUCUGGACUCGUUCCCAGAGGACUUCUGCAAACACAAAGUGCUCCCCCAGCUCCUCACCGCCUUCGAGUUCGGCAACGCUGGCGCCGUGGUCCUCACGCCACUCUUCAAGGUGGGGAAGUACCUGUCAGCGGAAGAGUACCAACAGAAGAUUAUUCCAGUCAUAGUAAAAAUGUUCUCCUCUACAGACCGGGCCAUGAGAAUACGGUUACUUCAGCAGAUGGAGCAGUUUAUUCAGUAUCUGAAUGAGCCAGCAGUCAACUCCCAGAUUUUCCCUCACGUCGUGCACGGUUUUACAGACACCAACCCAGCCAUCAGAGAACAGACGGUUAAGUCCAUGCUGCUAUUGGCCCCCAAGCUGAACGAGACGAAUCUAAACCAAGAGCUGAUGCGGCACUUUGCCAGGCUACAGGCGCGAGACGACCAGGGCCCCAUCCGCUGCAACACCACCGUCUGCCUUGGCAAGAUCGCCCCCUACCUCAACGCAGGAACGCGGCAGCGCGUCCUGAUCUCGGCGUUCUGCCGGGCCACCAAAGAUCCCUUCCCAGCGUCCCGAGCGGCGGGCGUCCUGGGCUUCGCCGCCACGCACCACUACUUCAGCAUGAUGGAGAGCGCCUCCCGCAUCCUGCCCACGCUCUGCACUCUCACCAUCGACCCCGACAAGAACGUCAGAGACCAGGCAUUCAAAGCCAUUAAGAGUUUCCUCGACAAGCUGGAGACCGUAUCGGAAGACCCGUCCCAGCUGGAAGAAUUAGAGAAGGAGGUGAUGGCGAUGAGUCCCGGGGCCGCUGGCCAGGCCGCCACCUGGGCAGGGUGGGCCGUCGGAGGCGUGUCUUCUCUCACCUCCAAGCUCAUCCGCAACACACCGGCUGGGGCCGAGGGGGCAGCCAAGGAGAACACCCCUGCAGCCGCCGCCACAGCAACCGCCAAUGGCGCCGCAGCCAACGCAGCAAGCCCUGCUGCAGACGGGGCCGGUAAAAGCAACCCUGAGCCCAAGGUGUCCAGGAAUCCUACCUCCGCACCGGCUGCUAGCCAGCCCCAAACCUCGCACGCGGCUGAGGAGGCGGAGGAGCCGACCGGAGAAGCACAAGGCUGGGACGACGAGGACUGGGGGAGCCUGGAGGACCCAGACAAGGCUCAGACAGACCCUGAAGACUGGACUUCUGAUUGGUCAGCAGUGUCUUCAAGCAAGAAAAAGGCCAAUGAGAGAACACUGGGCGGGGUGUCGUCGGUGAAGAAGCAGAGCUCGGACUGGAGCAGCUCGGGCUGGGACGCCGACGACAGCUGGUCCAACGAGAAGGAGACGGCCGCCGACGACAGCCAGGGGGGUCAGAGUUCGCCGGCCGAGGAGGGCUGGGGCACCGAGUGGGACGAGGACGGCGGCCUGGGAGACAGCUUCGUGCCCACGCCCAGAGGCAGUGGCAGCAGCGGGUCCUCCGCCCUCGAGGCUGCGGCCUCUCUGGCAGGCGCCUCGCUGUCGGCCUCCGCGCCCAAGAGCAGCGUUGCAGCGGCAGCACCGGCAGAAAGUGGCGUGCGGCCCGCCAGCGAGUACAACUGGGGCAGCGCUGGCGGUGGCAAAGCGGAGCCGCAGAAUGACAUCUUUGCCAGCGUGUCGCAGAGGACGGCACCCGCGAAGGAGGAGGAAGGCUGGGGAGCAGAAACUGCUGGUGACUGGGGAGCCGAGGAGAACUGGGAGUCCCUGGACGGAGAACAAGGCCUCUCCAAGGCAGAGCUGGCCAAGAAGAAGCGUGAGGAGAGGAGGACUAAACUCGAAGCCAAACGGGCAGAGCGCAAAGCGGCCAAGGGACCUCUAAAACUGGGUGCCCGCAAGCUGGACUGAGGAGGAACUUGGCAAAGCAGAAGGGGGGGAUACCCCCUGGAAGAGGACUUGGGUAGACAGAAGUCUCUGUCGGAGGGAGCAAAACUGUGAUUGUUACCUGGACCCCAGUGGCCAUCCUGUCCUGGACAUUGCGGGACAUGGCCCUGGUCUUAUCUUGAUAAAGAAGUUUUAAAGAUGAUUUAAAAACAAACAAAAAAACAUUCCAUAAUCCUGUUGGUGAUGGAUGAUGCGAGACAGCGGAGGAAAAAAGCAAGAAGCCGUGGACGUGUUAAUGCUUUUCAAUUUCUUCCCCCACCCCCAAUCAGAGAGAAAAUGUCAAGAGAUGCAGUUUUUUUCCCUCCCUAUUGUCACUUGCUGGACUUAAGACGCAAGGCGGGGGACAAUUUUUGCCUCAUGCAUUAUGAUUUUAUGGUAUCAUUUUGUGUCGCAACACUUCUUUUUUUUCUUGUCCUCUAUGUUUUUUAUAAUAAACCUACCUGACAUUAGAUUUCAUUUUGUGUGCGUGGCUCUGGUCGCACAUUUAGUGAUUACGUUCGGUGAAUGAAAUCAAAUCAAGUAUUUUUUACGAGUAUAGACUUACUGAAAUAAUGUAUCUACAUAGCACCGUUGAGUGUAUAUGUGGAUUAUGUCAAAGCCAAGUGUUUGGUGUUGGAGCGUUGAAUGUUUUCCAAGCUAAGCAUCUGGUUUUUGUGCAUUCUAUAACAUGACAACCUUCCAUAUUCCAAACCUUUACACAUUGCGGUAACUAUGAUUCCGAUAUAGGCCUGCAGCCAGGUCGGUCUGCAGACACCAUGAAGUCAAUGCAGAGGAGUGUCUCAAUGCAGAGUCCUUUACCCGCAGGCCUGUGUGCAACAGUAGUACCCACCUCUCAUGCAUGCGUAGCUAUCAUGUAUUAUUUGACACCAGUGGUCGUCAAGCGGCACAUUAUCAUUGAGGGACAUCAUGAGGCAUCCUCACAGCUGGGUUUUUCCAGGCGAAGAUAAGGGAGUGGUUCAAGUCCAUGGUUCAGUGGCCUAUACUAAGAAGCUGGUCCAAGAGUAGACCAGGUUAGGUUAAGAGGUAAAUAAUCUAACAGAAAAGCCUAGAGUCCUCAUUUUCAUCAGAAUUAAAAGGGUUUACUUCUUUGCCUUUAAUUCAAAGCAAGUAGUAAAUCUGCUAAUAGCAGAAUCCUGAGAAUAUAUCUAACCAGGGUAAGAGGAACAAAGUGCUCAUUUACUUAUUUGCCUUUGAGUUAACGCAGCUGAGUUAGUCUACACACUAAGCCACCUACUCGCAGUGUUCCCCUGUUGAACUGCCCAUGCUUGUCACUGAAACAUGAACUUCUUGAAAGGUUUUCGGUGUUGUGGGUUAGUGGCUUCUUUCACAUGCUUUGUGUAGAAAGCCCUAUUAACAAAACAGAAUCAGUCGUAAAACUGUUGUAGUAUGGGCAUGGCUCUGUUUCAUGGUGGCAUUGACAAUGGAAGGGACAUCAGGAGACUGAAAAAAACCUCCCCGUUUUUUAGGUUUGUGCCUUGUUUUUAUUUUGGUGACUGUACCUUACGUGACAACUGGGGCUGUGUUUGGACUGUUAAGGGUCAGCUGUCAUUACAGGUCAUCUUGCCACUUUGAUUCUUUCUGUGCAAUAUUUUUUAAACAAAGGGGUUUAUCAUGUGUAUGACGCAAACAGCUCAAGAAAUACAGCUACAAAUUAAAGGAAAGUAUUGAA